AUCUCUUCUCACUUCUUCUUCAAAGUUCAAACACAGAGACAUGGAGAAAGGGAGAGAGAUAGAGAUCGACAGCAAAUGCAAAAUUGAAGAUAAAAAAAAAAAAAGCGGGGCUUUCUCCAUCUCCGCCGGAAGCCCCGCAACCCCUCGCCUCGCCGCCGCGUUUCUAUCUGUUUGUAGGGUGAAAUGGAAAGUUCUAACAAGUCUUCCGGCUUUAGUACUUUUGCAUAUACAAAUGGAAAGAUACCCGCCUCUUUUUCUCCCUUUGUUACUGAUUCGUCAUCCUACAUUGACCCACUCCCCGUGGCAUCGAGAGGGAAGCAGAAGACCGACGAGGUAGCAGCAGGAAGCCACCACCAGCGUUGUUUGUCUGACAGCCUUCUCAUGGACGAGGAGCCGUUUUGGCUCGAGGAUCUUUUGAGCGAAUCAGUGACAGUGGCGCAUAAAUGUCAUCGCCGUUCAGCGAGUGAUAGCUAUGCGUACUUAGGCGCAGCUGUGGAGCAAUUAAACGUAAACGAGGAACCGGAUCUUAAUGAUUUAGCUGCUCGGGCUCCCUUUGAUGUCUCCAAGUUAGUUUACUCUAAUGAUUUGAACCACGUUUCCUGUGAUCCGGCUCCAAACUCUUCAGAUGAAACGAUUCAUAAGGCUUCACAUGAACCUAAUGGAGGGGGACCGUUGUCCGGUGAGAAGCAUAACAAAGAGGAACCCAGUAUGCAAAACCCAGAGAGCCCUUUUGGAAAAGCAAACGGCCCACAACAGAAGUCUUCUACGUCGAAAGCAGAGGCAAAACGUUCUAAACAGCAAUCUUCACAUAGAUCACGAGUUCGAAAACUUCAACACAUAGCUGAACUUGAGAGGACGGUCCAAGUUAUGCAGGUAGGAGAAUCUGCUAUGUCAUCCGAGCUCGAGUUUCUUGACCAGCAAAACCUCAUAUUGAGCAUGGAAAAUCGAGCCCUGAGGCAGCGGUUGGAGAGCCUAUCCCACGAGUAUCUCAUAAAACGCAUGGAACAAGAAAUGUUGGAGCGGGAACUCGGAAGGCUACAAGCGAUGUAUCAGCUACAGAGGCAACAACCGGUGCCACAACAACAUUCCAAGCACCGACGAACGAGCAAAAAUAGGGACCUUGUCGAAGAGCAAAAUUUCAACCUCUCGCUAAAGAACAACGAGGCGAGUUCGGGCAGGGUUGGUUCAGUUAGCCGUUCAGUCCGGAUCCCAUAACAACAAUAUGCCACAAUCCACGCUAUAGGUAACGAGUUAUAUAUAUAUGUCCCGGGAUCUUCCAUAUAUCGAUCUCCACCAACAUUCUGUGGUGGGCGGUUUUUAUUAGUUAAUUUUUUUGUCACACAAUAAGCAUUUGAUGUUGAAUAACGUUUGACGUAUGUUGUCGUGUUAGAGAAUUUUGAUGUCGACUUGCAUGUAUGUAUAGUAAAUUUUGUUGCCCUAAUUU